CCCUUUAACACUCGGUCAUUCCUUCACUACACACACUGCAAUGUUAUUUCUAUAGUGUUCAUGAUAUUCCUCAUCUGUCUCUCUCAUCUUGUGUGUAAGGAUGUCACCGUGGCGUUUCCUGAUUUUAUUGAGCAUCUUUCUGCUUUGUAAAGGUGAGGACAAUGACUGCGACAACUUCACAGAUCUGGACUUCCACGAGUCUUUCAUAGGGACCAAUCUAUACGUGCGCCUGCUGCUCUACACCCGUGCCAACCUCGAGUGUGGUCAGGAGCUACCACACCACAACUUCACCCAACAACCCCUUUUUAACGUAACCAGACCCACCACCUUUGUCAUCCAUGGGUACCGACCCACUGGGGCACCGCCAAUCUGGAUCAACCACAUCGUACACCUGCUAGCAGCUCAGAAGGACAUGAACAUCCUGGUAGUGGACUGGAACAGAGGAGCAGCAAACCUCAACUACUUAACAGCAGUGGCCAACACACGGGGCACGGCUCUGAACAUCACCCGCUUCAUAGAGAGCAUGGAGAAAGAGGGAGCCUCUCUUGACUCUAUCCACCUGAUUGGUGUGAGCCUUGGGGCACAUGUGGCUGGUUUUAUUGGCGCAAUGUUGGGAGGACGAGUGGGCAGAAUCACAGGUCUGGAUCCAGCAGGGCCAAUGUUUGCCAGUGUUUCGCCUGAGGAACGUCUCGAUCCAACCGAUGCCCAGUUUGUAGAUGUGCUGCACACAGAUAUGAAUUCCUUUGGCCUCAGAGGAACGCAUGGUCAUAUUGAUUUCUAUGCCAAUGGAGGAUUAGAUCAGCCGGGAUGUCCCAAAACCAUCUUCUCAGGGAAAUCUUAUUUUGUGUGUGAUCACCAGAGGUCAGUGUUUCUGUACCUGUGCUCUCUGAAUCGCACCUGCAGUCUUACGGGAUACCCGUGUUCAUCAUACAGUGACUUCCUCAGCGGCCAGUGUUUGCAGUGUGAGACCUUCAAGCCCGCUUCCUGUCCUGUUUUAGGUUAUGACCUCAGCCAAUGGAGGGACACGCUAUUAAGACUAGGACAAACUAGAGCAUAUUUCUCAACAACAGCAGAACUCCCCUAUAGCAAGACGAGUUACAGAGUGGACUUAGUUACCUGGAACCAGUUCCUACGCUGGGGAGUGGUCAUACUCCGACUGCACAAUGGGAAAAAUGUAACCGAGGCACACAUAGACAACAAACUGAUGAGGUUUGAGCAGUAUACCUCCACUCGGCUACUGGCGCAGUUUGAUGAGGAUCUAUAUCCAAUUCAGAAAAUAUCAUUACGGAUCGUCACUGGAAAUGUUAUUGGACCUCGAUACAAGAUAAGGCUGCUUCGUAUACGGAUCUCUCCACUGGAAAAACCAUACAGGUCGCUAAUGUGUCGAUAUGAUAUCAUUGUGGAGGAGAAUGCGGAGGUGUCUUUCAAACCCUUGCCCUGUCAUUAAUUUCCUCUGUGGAAGAAAACACUAUCAUACUGAAAUGCCUACAUGUACUAAACAGUCUUUUAAAGAAAAUUUUAAAGUGUUUGAAAACUUUUAGUGCCUUUUACUAUGGAUUAAAACUGUGAUUUUGAAAGCACUAGUGUCUUAAUGAACACUGAAUUGUGUCUAGCAUCACAUUUGUAACUUAAAUGUUAUACUAAACCAGAGUUGCCCAGACCUUUUUAUAUGUAGGGCCAAAAACCAAAUAUCAUUGAUAGCUGUGGGCCGAAGAUAAACAUACCAAACUAUUUUACAUUAAAGCUGCCAUGGGUAAUUUCCUGACUCCUUUCAAAAUAUUUGCCUUGAUUCAUUUACCAAAGGUUCUGCAUUGUCCUCUAUGCAUCAUAUGUACAUUUUAAACUAGGUCUGAUUGCUUCACACCAUUUAAAUUGUAACAUUUAAUUUCCGAUAGCUUUUUUGUAGCUUAAUAAUAAAACAAAUAAACGGUUACAUUAAAUUUGAUGACAUUGACAAGGACAAUCUCUAAACCAUUCUCAGAUGGGAUGGCGGGCAAAUUCAAAUGUUACCAUGGGCCAUUGAUGGCCUGCGGGGCCUAGUUUGGGCGUCUCUGUGCUAGGGUUGCAUAAUACUGAAAUUAGUUACCAAUCGAUACUAAAAUUUUCAAAACUUUUAUUUUGUGCAAACAUUUGAGCACGUUCUUAAACGGUGCUGAUUUGCCAUCUUGUUCAUGCGCUCAACAGAAAUGACUGAUUGGCUGUGAAGGUCAUCAGAUACAGGGACACUGGAGCAUUCAGUAUUGAUUGGUAGAGAAUUCCAUUAUCGUGACAACCCUACUAGACACAAUGCAGUGUUCAUUAAGGCUUCUAUUGAAAACAAAUUACAUAGGAUAUUACUUUCUGACAGAUAACACAAAUACUGUAUAGUAAAGGAUGUUUUCAUGUACAGCUUUUGCAUUCUUGUUUUGUACAAUAAAUAGUGCAGAAUUGUAAAUCAAAA